AUGGCGCCUCCUCCAACUCCACCACCAGCAUCCUCCGCGCCGACGCCACCUGACGACGAAGAUAAAUGGCCAAAGCCGACACUGACGCUUCGACUGGAUGAUCUCGCUCACGAAGGAACCAAACUCUUCUUGAAAGCACUCCCGGAUCCGCCUACAGACUUGAGGAUGGCGGUCGUCGCUGCUCUUCGCGGCCUUUACCGUGAGCCAGAGAAGGCUGUCAAGCAUGUUGAAGAAGUGCUCUUCGUUGUAAGACCUAUGGACGGAGUAGCGUACACCACCGGCACGCAUACGCACAAGCAGAUCCAUCUCAACUCUCAGCACGUCGUGAACUCCUCCUCUCGUCUUAGAGACGAGAUCAUGGGUGUGCUCGUACACGAGGCUGUGCAUUGUUUCCAGCAUAAUGCUCGUGGAACGGCUCCUGGAGGGCUUAUCGAGGGCAUCGCCGACUUUGUGCGGUUGCGAGCUGGACUCGCUCCUCCGCACUGGGCACCCGGAAAGCGCUCGGACAAAUGGGAUGCUGGAUAUGGCACCACAGCGCUGUUUCUUGACUGGAUCGAGACUCGCUAUGGCGACGGCACCAUCGCGGAGUUGAACGCCGCUCUUGACGACAAGGAGUGGGAUGAGAAGUUGUUCAAGGAACUGACCGGGCGGAAAGUCGAGAAGUUGUGGGGCAAGUACCUUGACGAAGUGGAGAGCGGUGGGAGAGCGAGUUUGGGAAUACAUGCGAGACGGAGAGAGGAAGUAGAGAGGAGAGAAAGUACUGGGACUUCGACAAUAAUGUAA